CCGUGUAAAUGCACAUUGAAUCUCUUCCUGGGGAGACUUCGACCUCCAGACAUGGCUGCCGUGAAGAAAGUGCUUGUUGCCGUUGCUGUUGCUGCAUUUGCAGCUUUCAUUGGACACAGAUUCCUUAAACUAAAGGAAAUGAGCCUUGCUUCCCGAGAGCUGACUGUGAAAAGCCUCAACUGUCAUUACAUAAAGAACAUUGAAUGUGGGGCAGAGGACAUAACAAUCACUAAGGAUGGACUGGCCUUCCUCAGCACAGGCUUGAAAUACCCUUUUAUGCCUUCAUUUUGUGAUGGACCUGGGAAGAUGUAUGUGUUGGAUCUGUUACACCCCAAACCGACUCCAGUGGCGCUGCACAUCACAGGAAAACUGGACCUGGCUUCAUUCAACCCUCACGGCAUCAGCGUAUAUGAAACAGACGACUCUGUGUACUUGUUCGUUGUCAAUCACCCUCACCACAACAGCCAAGUGGAGAUCUUCCAUUUUGUUGAGGAGGACACGCUUGUGCACCUGAAAACCGUGAUCCACCCGCUGCUGCACAGCGUGAACGACAUCGUGGCGGUGGGAGCGCAGAGCUUCUACGCCACCAACGACCACUCCUUCCCCAGCGAGGCGCUGCACGCGCUGGGCCUCCUGCUGGGCCUGGCCUGGUGCGACGUGGUGUUCUACAGCCCCGAGGAGGUGGCGGUGGCGGCCUCGGGGUUCCUGUCCUCCAACGGCAUCAACGCCUCCCCUGACAAACGGUAUAUUUAUGUUUCGGACAUUAUGGACCAUGACAUUGAUGUUUUUGAGAGGCACGAGGGGCAACAGUUAAAGUACAUCAAGUCCGUGGGCGUCGGGUCCCUCUGUGACAACAUCGAGGUGGACCACGUCACGGGGGACGUGUGGCUCGGCUGUCACCCGAACGGCAUGAAGCUGUUAAAGUACGACCCCGAGGACCCGCCCGGCUCCGAGGUCAGCGCCUCGCCAUCGACGCCUUCCCGACCCGCUCCGGUCGCCCCGGUAACUGUGCGCUUGCCCCCCGCAGGUCAUCCGCAUCCAGAACAUCCAGUCCGAUGCGCCGGCACUGAGCCGCGAGUACGCCGACGACGGCCGCGUGAUCAUGGCCUCCACCGUGGCGGCUCCGUUCAGGGGGCGGCUGCUCAUCGGCUCCGUGUUCCACAGAGCCCUGAGCUGCACCUACUGACCGCGCGCUGAGUUCUGGAGGAAUUGGGAAUAAAAAAUGACGUCGUUCUCUGGAAAACCGUCUGCCGGCGCAGCCUCCGUGUCGUUUGUUCUGCCUCCCGGUGCUUGCGUUUCAGCCACGUGCUCGUUAACCAUUUUUGUCCUUUAAGGCGUCGUCCUCGGAGACCUUGCGUAUGGUGAACCUGCUCCCUCCGCUCCCGGGGCGCUGAGCGUGUUCUUCUUUGGCAGCGGCCUUCGGGGGCACAGGGAAGGAGACGCCGCCGGCCUCGGGGUCGAAUGCUCCGCCGCCCGCGCUCUCCUUCGCUCUCCUCAGACCCCCAGCGGGCACGGACGCCCGUCUUCCUCCCUCACAAACAGGUCUUCUCUCCUCUUCGUCACCUUCGUCCACAUCCGGCUCCGUGCUGAUGGGCAGCGUCCCGAAGCUGACCCUGCGUUUGUGCUUGGGCGACUGCUCCAGGGUCUGGAUGUCCAGCAGGUCGCUGCAGCUCCGCGAGCGGUUGAUGUCUUCCGCCGGCCUCCGCAGCUUCGCCGUGAUCCCGAUCUUCUUGAUGACCGUGCUGUAGUCGUCCUGGGUCUCGGACAGGAAGUUGAAGAUGUCGACCACCGUGGGCUUCUCCUCCGGCCUGUGUUUCGCCUCUAUGGGCUGAGGCUCCUCGUUGUGGAGGUGCCGGUACCGGUGCCGCCUCUUCUUUAGCACCUUGUGAGCUUCCACCACCAUGUGGACGUUCCAGCUGAAGAAGAGCGAGAGCCAGGCCAGGCCCAUGUAGAUCCACAGCUCUGCAAAGACCCGGUACAGUCGGGGGUACUCGAUGUUUGGAUUUACGCCUGAAGGCGGAGCACACGGCUUGAACUCAAACAAACGUUAACUGUACAUAACUGAACAACUCUAAUGGACCUACCUGCCACAUAAUCUCCAAACCCGACUGUUGUGAGUGUAAUGAAUGAGAAGUAGAGGCCUUCCAGGUAGCUCCAUUCUUCCACAGACAUGAACACUAACGGAGGGAUCAGCAGAUGCACCAGGAGGCCCCACAACAGGAACAAGGCUGUGCAGGUGAACUGGACCUUUUUCUGAAAGGAGCACCGCUUAGUGACUAAUAUCUGGCACGGCCUUUCAGCACAACACUGCGACAACCACCACCCCCAGCGCUGAGUCUUACCACGGACACGCGUCUGCGGAUCAGCACCCCGGACAGACGUUUGGCCCGGUCUCCAAAGAACGAGCCCAGUUCGCUUAUCCAUACGAGACACAGCGGGAUCCCACACAGGCCGUACAGGAUGCAGAAGAUGCGCCCACCUUGGGUCUUAGGAGCCACGUUGCCAUAACCUACACGGCAGAGUGUUAAAUAUUAGAUUCUAAUAAUCCUAAAUAUUUUAUCAAUAAGGUUUAUAAGUAACUACAGACUUUAUUUAUUUAAACAAUAUUCCACAAGUGGAAAAAAAACUCACUUACACUUCCAUUAAUUGUGCAUCACUAAAUGCUGGUCAUUCAUUUAUCAGGCAGGCUGGUUUCCUUUGAUCUUUAUAGCAGCAUUUACUUUUAUGGCUUUUGUGGAAGCAAUAAAGAUUAUUUGACCCUGUCACAACAAGAA